AUGAGUGCCAAGCUUUCCAAGGAGUUGGGGCUCUCUCUGCCACCUUGCCUCUUGAAUAGGACAUCUGGCUCUUCAAACGCCAGCAGCGCUUGCAUCACGCAAGUGGGGCAGCUCUUUCAGUCUUUCUCCUCCACUUUUGUUCUAAUUGUUCUGGUCACCCUCAUCUUUUGCCUCAUUCUUCUCUCUCUCAUCACUUUCCACAUCCACAAGAGGAAGAUGAAGAAGCGGAAAAUGCAAAAAGCUCAGGAGGAAUAUGAAAGGGACCACUGCAGCGGCACCAGCUCCGAGUCAGGGGAUCCAAGUGAAAUACCCCAAGGAAGAGAAUCAUCCAGCCAGGGAGGAACCGAACAGGAUUCUAAUAUCCAGUGUACUUCUGCCCUGAAAGCUCAGAACCCGGAUCCUGCAAAAUCAUAUUUGGACACAGAUGCCCCAGGGCUCUUGCAAACAGUGGUAUUGUCUUGA